AUGGAUCAACAACAUCAUGCUCAUCCCCAGAGAAAAAUAUUUCUUCCUGACCCAUCGUACAUUGGCUUCUGGUUUGGAGUAACUGUGUUCAUUUCUUUCGUUGUGUUUUUCGCCAUUUUCCUACUCUGCUUGUGGAUCUUUCACAAAAGAACAAGCAGGAGAUCAAGAAACUACCGAAGAGUAAGUGAGGUAGAGCUACCCACUAUCAGAUCGGCACCACCAGCAAGAGGAGGAGUGGAUCCCGGUGUGCGUGCCGGGAUUCCUCAGAUCAGAUAUGCUUCGGAUACCGUGCUUCCGUACGAGGAGUAUACAUGUGCGUGCUGCAUCUGCCAGUUUGUGGAAGGAGAAUCCGUGUCUAUGAUUCCUAAUUGUAGACACACUUUUCAUUCCCACUGCAUCGAUUCACAUAUGGCACGUGCCACCACCUCUACUACCACUGCUGCUACUACUGAUGAUGUUGUUGACGUUUGA